GUGAUCGGCAGCAGGCCGGAGCUCUCUUUCGCGGCCAGCUUUCUAACCCCGUCGCGAUCCCCGGCCCCAACAGAAGAAGCCCGGCGCCUGUGAUGAGAACAUAGCACCACGGCCUUUGUAUCCAGACAAAGGCGCAGACACCUGAACCACCUCAUUAACGCACGACAAUGCUUGUCCCCAGGUUGGCCGGCAGGCAGUGGCAGCGAAGCUGCUUUCGUGGCGCCAUCUGCCGCGGAGCUGCUCCUCCUCGUCAAUGGCAGGCGCUCGCUUCCUUGUCGAUGAGUAGCCGGCGCGCAUACUCCUCGGAGUUCCCGACCCCGACCAAGAAGACCGUCGAGGUCAACGGCCAGACCAUCCCGACCGACACUUGGUUCAACGUGCCGAAGACCGUCCUCGACGCGGCGUCGCGCAAGCUUCAUCUCCAAAAGGACCAUCCCGUGUACAUCACACGCCAGAUCAUCGAGUCGCAGUUCCCGGCGCCUACGUACAAGUACCACAAUUCCUUCGACCCCGUUGUCUCGACGCACCAGAACUUUGACUCGCUGGGCUUCCCCGCUGACCACCCCGGCCGCGCAAAGUCCGACACCUACUACUUCAACAAGGACACGCUCCUGAGGACGCACACCAGCGCCCAUCAGGCGCAGACGUUCAAGAAGAACUUGAGCGACGGCUACCUCAUCAGCGCCGAUGUGUACAGGCGCGAUGCCAUCGACAGGAGCCACUAUCCCGUCUUCCACCAGAUGGAGGGUGCCCGCAUGUGGGAUCGGACCAAGGUGCCCGGCGGUGACAUCGCGGCCGCCGUGUGGGAGGACCUCAACAGUCUGCCGAAGCACAACGUCAAGGUCGAGGACCCCCAUCCUGCCUUCGACGCGGAGCGGAAUCCCCUGCAGGAGGGUCACCACACGGCCGCCGAGGCCGAAGCCAUCGGCGCUCACCUGAAGCGGUCUCUCGAGAACAUGGUUGUCGAGAUCUUUACGAGGGCCAAGGCCGCCGCCGCGAAGGCGGAUCCCAACUACAAGGACGAGCCCCUUAGAGUCCGCUGGGUGGAGGCCUACUUCCCCUUCACGAGCCCCUCGUGGGAGCUCGAGGUCUACUACGCCGGCGACUGGCUCGAAGUUUUGGGCUGUGGCGUGGUCAAGCAGGAUAUCUGUAUCAACGCCGGCGUGCCGCAGCAGCUUGGCUGGGCCUUUGGCAUCGGCCUCGAGCGCAUCGCCAUGCUCCUCUUCCAGAUCCCCGACAUCCGCUUGUUCUGGUCGCAGGACGAGAGGUUCCUGAGCCAGUUCAGGGGCGUGUCCGACCAGCUAGGCUCGAUGAAGCGUUUCGUGCCCUUUUCCAAGCACCCGGCCUGCCCCAAGGACGUGUCAUUCUGGCUCCGCAGCACGUCCGCGGCGGGAGGGAACACCAAGGCCAACACACAGGACUUCCACGAGAACGACUUUAUGGAGCUUGUGCGCGACAUCGCCGGCGAGAGGGCCGAGGACGUCCGGCUGGUGGACGAGUUCACGCACCCCAAGACGGGGAGGCGCAGCAUGUGCUAUCGCAUCAACUACCGAAGUCUGGAGCGGACCCUGACCAACGAGGAGACCAACGAGUUACACAGCGAGGUGACUCAGAAAUUGGUGGAAAAGCUAGGUGUGGAAAUCCGGUAGAGGAGAGCAGUAACACACUUUGCUCGACGUCGGUAGCUGAGGGGUAAGGGGGCUGUGCUGCCAACACUUUAUCCCACCCCUCGCUGCUCAUCAUCAUCAGACGGGACGGUUCCCCAACGGAAUCGGGAGUCCACUCGUGCGGCAUCAUAAACAGAACCGGCGUACAGGUAGGCUGUAGGCCUGGCUCGGGGGUGUCUUGUGAGGACAGUGCUGCCAAGCCGAAGGGGUGUGGUUUGCUUGCGCCUUGCUCGUAGGGAAAGGAGCUUUUUCGUCGUGACGCCGUCACGUCAUGUAUCAUAAAAGGACUUGUACUAUAACACGCGCCGUUUGGCGACCGAGCUCAGAGUCUUGGUAUGCGGCCUGGGCUGAGCUGAGCUGAGCUGAGCUUCGGACCGGAGGGGCAAAAGAAUUACGGAGACUCGGGAACUCGUUGGAUUCCGUCCUGCAGCGUUUUGUUUUGACGGCUCGCGUUUCGCUGUCGGAAAUGCCUCACGAAGCACAACCGUGAUGGAUGUGCGCCAACAUCGGGCGAAAUGAGCCGCCAUGAGAAGCCGCGAGAAACAUUUGGACAGGGACAAAGCGCCCGCCCAAUACCAGUAACCGACGCCCGAGCAACAAGCCCAUCGGAAGGCGGGUCCUGUUUCUACCGAGUGUUCUCGAACGAUGAAAUCAUGCUCCCAUUGCGAGAGUUAAUCGUCGGGAAAACCUGAAGCAGUGACGCCGUGGUUGCAGAUCGGUUGUAUCAUGCGCAAAACCUACAAUGCCCCGCCGCCGUCAGGAACGAGCGCAUUAGUCUCCGGGUGGAAUCUUGACCCGUCGUCCCAACAACUUGGGACGGUCGUGCAGGUCAGUUUCAAAUGUAUUUUUUUUCCUUUUUCUUUUUUCGAGACGUAGGGCCAACCUCAAUCUGUUGCUCAUAACGUAUGGGAAGUUUGAGACUCGUCGUUAUAGGGGAGGGAGGGGAAGAGAGGGAGAGUUGGGCACAGCCACGCUCCACUAGUCAAGCUCUCUCUCUCUCUCUUUCUCUUCGUUGAUUGCAUCAGACCAGGUAUCGACUGUUGCAAAUUAACGCUGAUUUCCCGCGCUCAAGCUGGUUCCCUGCAAUGUGACCAAAGAAAUGAGAUGAGCUUGCCAUGCUUCAGGACCGGCUUUAUCAGGUGAUGUGGUCUCUAGACAAGUUGGCAAGGAAUGUCUUCGCCGCAAGGAAGUCCCCGCUGCAUGGCAAGAUAAGGUGAAGAGCUAGGCGUAUCGAGAAAGAAGAGUUGUGGGAAGCUGCCUUGAAGUCGCGGGGAACGGUGGGAUUUACGAUUCAAGGCGCCCGGUGCGCCGGAGACGCAGAAUCUUUAGCCAUACAUAGGUAACGCGAGCCGAACCCCACAAGUGGAAGAGGAAUAUCGAGCUGCCAGUCCC